AUGUCUCAGGUUAUUACAGUGGGAGCAACAGACAUAUUGGAUAACAGAUGGUCAUUUUCUAACUUUGGAGACGGCCUCAAUAUUUUUGCUCCGGGUGUAGAAGUUGAAUCACUUAGUUACACUUCAUCUACUGGCACAAGGUAUUUAAGCGGUACAUCAAUGGCAGCGCCACAUGUCUCAGGAGUGGCUGCUAUAUUACUUUCACAGGGUACUCCGGCAAACAAAGUCGCUCAGAAGAUCUAUGACACCUCCACUAAAAAUGUUGUUGGUGAUCCUAAAGGAUCCAAUAAUCGUCUACUAUACGUCGAUUAAUCACGUGACCGUAUUAAACCAAUCAGAAAAUUAAUAUUUAUAAUAAUUUAAAAAAAAAGCGACCAUGGACAGCAUGUGAACCAAAACGCGAUUAAGUGUAUAUUGGGUCAUGUAAAAAUAUGUUGAUUUUCCUUCUUCUUUUUUUUUCAAACAGAGGUUUUCAGACUUAAAAACAAAAUGUUCAUCUAUCAGACAAAAACUGCAUCGUACAUCAACAAGUCAAUAAAUGAUGCAACAAAAUCUUUCUAAGCUCUUCUACAAACUUCACUACCCUAGCUUUCUAAGCUCUCCAAAUAGAGGAUAUAGUUGAAAUAAGUGUGAAUCAGAUAUUUGUGCGUUUUUCUGAGAGAGAGGACACACUUUUUAUAUGACCUUAUAAUACCUGUAUAAAUAUUUUGGAAAUGUAUUCAAAAUUACUUAUAAAUAGUAAUUAUAAUAGUGUUUGUGCAAAAAACGCAAGUAUUGAAAAAUUAAAAAGAGUAAGUUAUCCUCACAAGAAAGAAAACUAUGACAUAAUUAUAAUAUAAGUGCUAGUAGAAUUUGGUAUUGUACUAUUAUAGUUUAUUGAUGAAUAAAAGUAACGACGUAGGCCUACCACAAAAGGGAAAAA